CCCCCGAACUGCGCGCGCGCAACGCCAGGCAUUUCAGCGCUUUUGACUCACAAGUGAUUGAGAGGCAAACGAUCGUCUAUAAUACGUAUAACAAGCUCUUUUGAGGGCAUCUAGCGUGACGGAACGUUUGUUUCUGGCACCUUGUUGAGCAUCGAAGUUUACUGACUCCCGCUGAAAGCUUGGCCCACAAGCUUGUGCGGCAGCUCGGAGCCAGCAAUGUGGAAGCAUCAAUAAUAACACACAGGAGGCUCGUAUAGCGGCCCGGAGGGAGCAGCAAUGGCGCCCAAGGCCAAGGGGCCGGACCCGGCUGAGGCUGCUGCGCCAGUGGGGCCAUCGCAGGAGCUACACCUUGUGCUUAAAGUGCGCAUGCGGUUGAAGCCCCCGGCGCCGGAGCGCCCGCCGCAGGAACCGCCUGCCCAGCCCUCCACGCCACCGUCAGCGGAGCCCUCAGCCGCGACCGGUGCCGAUACAGCCUCGGCCGCAAAAGACGCGAAGGGCCGCGCAAAAUCACCACCCAAAAAGCCCGUCACUCCAGGCUCGGCGCGCAAGGCUGCAGCUGCUGCUGCCGCGGCAGAGGCUGCUGCGGCUGCUGCGGCUGCUGCCGCGGCGGCGCUGGCCAAGCCAGUGGACCCGGCAGCCCUGGUGCUGACAGUCAAGUACACACCCUUAGGGGGUGCGGAGGCGGUGGUGGGGCCGGUGAAGCCGCUCAAACCGGCGGUGGCGGCGGCGGCGGCGGCAGCAGCUGCAGCAGCGGCGGCAGAGGCAGCAGCGGCGGCAGCAGCAGCGGAGGCCGCGGCGGCGUCAAAGUCGGGGACGGCAGCUGGUGGCAAGAAGCCGCCGCCAGCCAAGCCCGGUGCAUCAGCCGCGCCCUCCCCGCCGCCGCCCGCCACACCUUCGCCGCCGCUCACGCCGCCCCCGCCACCUCCUGCGGCUGCAUCUGCCGCUGCUCCUGCCGGUCCUGAGCCCUAUGCGGAGGUUUGUGUGGAGCACCACGUCAAGGUGGUGGUGGACGAGGCGGUGGUGCGCAGCCUGGCCGCCGCCAAUGCGCUGCUGCCGGUGUCCGUGAGCCUUGCCUCGCCCUCGGACGAGGAGGGGGCGGAUGGGAAGGGCGCCAAGAAGCCCACACCGGCGGCGGGCAAGAGCAAGGCGGCGCUGGCGGCGGCCGCAGCGGCUCCGCCUACGCCUGUGCGCAGCUACGGCGCUGUGCUGAUGCUGGACGUGAGUGGUCUACUGGUGGGCGACACCAGUGCGCGGGCGGUGUGGCCGGACAAGGCCAAGGGGCUGCCCAGCGCCCUGGAGGAGGUGGCGGAGGGGGUGGAGGCGGAGCUGCAGCUGCUGUCCUUGCCGCGACCCGAGAACCCCACCACGCCGGCGGCGGGCAAGGGCCGGCCGGCGGCAGCAGCGACUGCUGCCAAGCCGGUCUCGGCCAAGCCGGGCGGCAAGAAGGGCGAGGCGCCGCCGGAGCCGGAGCUGAAGGACCUGCCCGGGGAGCCCAUUGGGCUGCUGCCGCCGGAGCUGAUCACGCAGCUCAACCCCAUCGUCAUCAACAUUCGCAAGGCCAAGGAGCUGCCUGCCGCGCCCGCCACCCGGGCCCAGCUGGACAACAACUGCGCCUCGCCCGCGCUGUUCCUGCGCUGGCCGCCAGGGGUGCCGCCGCGCGAGCAGCCCGGCCUGGCCUCGCCCUGGCAGCUGCCCGCCUCCGCGGCCACCUCCGUGACCGGCCUCACCCACAACGGCAGCAGCGGCGGCGCGGAGGUGCUGGUGCUGGCGGGUCCAGCCGGCGCCGCCAUGUCGCGUGUGCCCCCCUCCGCCGGGCGGCGCUACCUGCUGUUCGGGCAGCCUGAGGUGUUUUUCGCGGGCGACCUGCCCGGGGGCGGCGAGGAGGCGCUGAGGCUGUGUCGGGAGUGCCCGCUGCUGGUGGAGGUGCACGACCGCACAGCCAUACCGGAGCCGCCCGAGUUCCCUCUGGAGCCACUGCCGGCGGCCGAUGGCGGGGCGGCGGGGGGCGCCGCGGGCGGGCAGGCGGCACCACCCGAGAGCGAGGGCUACGUGUGCGGCCUGGCGCGUGUGCCCAUGCUGGACCUGGCGCGAGGCUACACGCGCUUCCGCUUCCACACGUCCCUGGCCCCCCACACCACUGUGCGCGGCGCCGCCUCACUGGACUGGACCAAGCGGCCGGGCAACUAUGCCGAGGCCGGAUCCAUCCUCAAGGGCGAGGUGCGCUGUGCCUGCCCGCUGCCCUCCACCCGCGGCGCCGACCCCUCCAGCCGCGUGUUCGCCCGCGCGCUGUUCAUCAUGGACUACCGCGACAGCGACCUGUUCCACCUGCUGGAGGACACGGUGCGCAAGAACAACGCCUGGCGCCUGGGUCUGGCCGAGCCGCAGGACAAGGUGUCGCCCGACCAGCUGCCGCCAGAGCUCAAGGCCAUGCGGGCGGCGGGAGGCGGCGUGCCGGGUGUGGGUGCGGGCGUGGGUGGCCACCACUCGCACUCGCACCCUGCACACGAUGACGAUGACGACGACGGGCGCGAGCGGCGGCCGUCCACGGAUGAGCGGCAGCGGCGGGGCUCAGCCAGCAGCGGCAGCAGUGCUCAGGCGGCGGGCGGCGGCGGGGCGGGCGGGGGCCUGGGGCGCCGCUCCUCGUCCAUGUACAGCUACACGGAGCCCAACAGCCCCACACGCACGGGUGGGCUGGUGCCGGACCGCGGUCGGCCGGGCGGCGGCGGCGGUGUGCCGCCGCUGCCUCCUGCGGGUGUCGCCGGCGGCCUGCAGCGGCGCGAGAGCACCUCGCCGGGCGCCCUGGCGGCCAUGGCGUCGGGGCUGGGCGGCGUGGACGGCCGCAGACACGUCAUCUGGGACAGCGAGUCCGAGGAGGACGACGAGCCGGACGAGCCGCCCACUGCCGCCGAGCUGGCGUUGGACGCGCUGUGUGUGGACAUCGACCGCAUCAGUCUGGAGCUGCGGGAGCUGCAGGCGCUGUCCACGGCGCAGCUGACGCCCGAGCAGGCGGCGGACCGGCAGCUGGACCUGCUGACGGGCUGGCACCUGGUGGACGGCCGGGAGCGGGUCAUCGUGGUGGAGGGGCUGGCGGAGGGGGCCAUGAAGAUCGUCAAGGGCAUCUCCGACUGGGCUCUGGAGGACCCCAAGCCCGAGGAGGGCUGGCGGCGGCGCUCCGUGCUGCUGUCCACCUCGCCCUCGCUGCGCUCCGCCUGGCGCCUGUACAGCCCCCUGGGGGUGGACCUGUGGAUUGUCAAGCUGCGCGCGCCAUUGCCCAAACUGCUGGGCGAACCGGGCAGCUUCGCCACGGGGCGGGUGCGGCCAGACUGCGUGCAGGGCAUUCGGCGGCUGGGCGCCCUGCGCAGUGUGGCGGCCUGGUCGCGUCAGGCGCACGACCUGUCUCUGUGGCCCAGUCCGCAGCAGCUGCAGCUGGUGGACAAGAAGUUCGGCGGCGAGCUGCUGGCAGCGGACGUGUUGGGCGUGGAGGCGAACGAGCCGGACAGCGAGGACGAGGAUGGAGGUCCCAGGGCACUGGGGGGGCUGCUGGAUGCGGACGCGCGGUCGGCCAAGUCAAGCAAGUCUAACAGGAGCCGACGCAGCAGCCGCAGCCGGCGGAGCGGCAAGAGUGGUCGCAGCGGCAAGAGCGGCAAGACGGGCAAGAGCGGCAAGCGGCGCCAGCGGCUAAGGCAGAGCCGUGUGCCGCCGCUGGACACACACAACGACGGGUACCUGGCGCUGAGGAGGCAAGCGCGGCAGCGGCGCCUGCAGAGGGACUGGUUGUCUCUCAACCGGGAUUCGCUGCGGGAGCUGGAGAGGCGCACCUCGCACAUCAAGGACACGUGGCGCGAGUGGAACCCCCAGCGCACUGCCCGCGAGCAGCUGGAUGCGGCCAUACGGGCAGGCACCAUACCGCCAGAGGAGCUGGAGGCGCUCUCCACGGCCCGGAAGCGCUCGCCUGCGCCCCUGCCCGGCACCGUGCCGCGGCAGGACGCCCUGGCUCGGGGCUGGUACCCGCACCCCUCGCCCUUCAAGUGGCCCUCGCCGCGUGUGCCGGCUGACUUCCGGCAGCUGCCCGCGCGCCCCACUGACUUCCGCGUGCAGCAGCUCGAGGAGCCGUGGGAGGAGGGCGCGCUGCACCGGGGCGUGGACCUGCGCGGCGGCCCCGGCACUGCGGGUGUGGGCAGCGCCAAGGACGAGUUCCUCACCGCCGUCCGAGGAGACCAGACCGGCCUGUUCGGCACGGACCCCGAGUACUGGCGGACAGUGCACCUGGGAGGUGCCGGCCGCGAGGCCGAGCUGAUCUCCACGCGGCGUGCCGAGGCCGAGGAGUGGCGGCGGCGGCUGGUGGUUGAGGACCCCGUCAUGCGCACAGUACUGCCGCAGGGGCCGCCCGUGCCGGCGCAGGCCGACAGGCUCAAGCCGCUGCUCAAGGAUGAGCCGUCCAAGAAGGGCUUCAAGGUGGCCGCGGUGCCGCCCGCGCCGCUCAACUCGCAGCUGGCGUACCCCUGGACCGACCCCAGCAGCGCCGCGGCGCAGGCGGCGACAGUGGGGCGCGGCCGAGACGACAAGACCAAGUUCAUAGACCCGGGCCACGAGUUCCGCAACGUCACUGGCAAGCCGAAGACUGCAGUACACAAGCUUUCAUACAACCAGUCCUGGAGCGCCUCUACACACGACAAAUACUAUAAUCAGUAGUGUGUUGGCAGGGUCGGUGCUGGGCAGUGCAGAGGUGGUGAUGGAGGUGGUGGUACAAGCCGGGGAGUCGGUGGUACGUGGGCUUCUGGCCCUGCAGACCCUACAGCUGGCUGACUGAGGGCGCUGCAGGUCUAGGACAGCUUCAGAUGCUGAUGCGUGACCAGGUGGGUGGCCAAUGCAUUGCCAUUGUGCCGUAGGGUGUGUAAUGUCAUUUGAUACGAACCCGCCAGGUUGCACGAGGAAGUGCGAGAUGCAUGCAUGCGGCUGGUGUCAUUGGAGUGAUUAGAGUGAAGGGUUUGACGCCGCACUGUUUGUGAUGAAUAAGCUGUGUGUAAGAGAGAGCACAGGCUGACCCAUAUCCCAAUGGAUUUGCCAUCAGCAAGCUAUGUAAGGCAAAAUGCUGUGGGCUAUGCACGCCGAACGUGGAAGACAGGCCGGCCGGGGCGGUGUGUUCCGGUAACCGAAACAGUGCACAGAGUGGGGAGCCGGUGAGGAUCACAUCAAUCCGGCUACCAUGUUUACAAAGGGCUGAGUCCUGGAUGUAACAGCAAAUCGGC